AUGGCAGGAUACCAGCUGUGGUCACCGUGGACCCCACUGGACGAGAGCUUCCAAUGGCUGCGACACACGACGCCUACACCUUCUUCCAAACACCCCUUUAGGGCCUCCCCUUGCUUCCCACACACGCCUUCUGACCUUGAAGUGCAGCUGUGCUUUCAAGAGGUCACGCUGGUCCUAGACAGCCCAUUUAUGGAGACAGGAAUGAGUCCCAGGCUGCCUUGCCACACCUCAGAGCCCCGCAGCGCAAACAGCAAACGAGGGCUGCUCCGGAAGCCCCAGCCGGUCCGCCUCAGUGGAGUGGACUCAGUCUUUGGCAGGGUUGUCACGGCUCAGCCACCCAAGUGGACUGGGACCUUCAGAGUCUCAGACAAGUCAGCCUUUUGCAAAAUCAUCAGCCGGGAGCACCAGUGGCCCACUGGACUGAAGGAGCCCCAGAUUCAGAUGACAGUGACCAUGUGCAAACAGAUGCUGCGCUCCAUCCUUCUGUUAUAUGCGACGUAUAAGAAAUGCACGUUCGCCCUGCAACACUCCAAGUAG